CAUAUAUAAAGGUGCCGGCGGUGUACUGACCACAGAAACACCUUCGGGCGCUAAAUAGCAGCGACAUCCUAAGAUAACUUGAGCCACUUCGCUCGUAGCCGAAUUCUAGAAAUGAAGUUCACCGCCAUUGCCGUUCUUGCCCUCGUGGCUUGCGUCGCCUACGCUGAAGAUGCCAAGAAGGCAAGUGAGAAGGACGAUAAGAAGGACGAGAAGAAGGAUGUCGAGGCUCGUGGUGGCGUCCUAGGCAGCGUGGGCCUGGGUGGCGUCGGUUACGGAGCCGGCUACGGUGGCGGAGUUGCCCCCGGACUCGUUGGCGGGGCCGUUGGAGGCCCAGGCCUCGGCGUUGUCGGUAACCCUGCCCUGGUUGGAGCCGGUGUCGGUCACGGUGUCGGCCUGGGACACGGAGUCGGCCUUGGACAUGGAGUCGGCCUUGGGCACGGCGUAGGCGGUGGCUUCCAGUCGGGUUAUGGCGCCGCGGCCGGCGGACACCAGUCAGGUUUCCAAGGGGGAGCCGCCGGUCACAACCAGGGUUCCGGCGCCUUCGCUGGUGGCGCAUCCCGCAGCACUGUGAACGCGUUCAAGAACAACCAGGGUUACAGCCAUAGCUCCGGCUUCUCGGCGAGCGACAGCAAGAACUUCGGCGCAGGCCACAAGCAGGGAUCAUCUGGAUUCAGCAGCGGCGCCGCUGGCCACCAGGCUGGAUUCGGCAAGACCGCGCACGCCGGUGCCGGUGGCGUCGGUGGGGUCGGUCUCGGCCUUCAUUAAUGAAAGAGGACUUCCUGUCAUCUUCAGCCUCCAUCUUCAUUGCGUUAUAAAUCAGUCAGCUUAUGUGAGAAAUGACAAAUAAACUCAUUGGCAUCGUUCUGUACCCU